CACUGACUGCUGGUCAGCCACGUAUCGCCACGUCUGCGCGCAGGCGCAGUGCACGCACCUCGUUGUUCCGGAGUCGGUCGGGGAGCGUACACAGUGUUAAAAAUUAGCAUUGUGUACCUUACUUAAUUCUUUUCGCAUAUUUCUUACGCGGACGACGAAGAGGGGAGCCAGAGGUCUCUAUAAGGGGUUACGCAUUGAAUACGGCACCGAAAGGACAUCUGUGAAAAUGAACUUCUUCAGAGGAGUGAUGGGCGGGCAGCCCAGCCGGCCGGGAGCGGAGACGAUUCAGAAGUUGUGCGACCGGGUGGCCUCUUCAACACUCCUAGAAGACCGCAGAGAUGCUGUCCGGGCACUCAAGGCCCUCUCUAAGAAAUACCGCAUGGAAGUUGGCACACAGGCGAUGGAUCACUUGGUUAACAUACUGCAGACUGAUAGGUCUGACUCUGAAAUACUUGGCUAUGCUUUGGACACACUGUACAACAUCAUCUGUAAUGAUGAGGAGGAAGAGCAAGAUGAAUCAGAAGAUGAGAAUACACAGAAGCAGGCAGAUGACCUCGGUGCCCAGUUCACGGACAAGUUCAUCCAGGACCCUGAGCAUGUGACUCUGCUUCUCACUCUGCUGGAGGAGUUUGACUUCCACGUCCGGUGGCCUGCAGUGAAGUUGUUGACUGCUCUGCUGAAAAACCAGUGUGUCCAAGUUCAGGGUAUCAUUCUGGUCAGCCCCAUGGGUGUUUCCCGAUUGAUGGACCUAUUGGCUGAUUCUAGAGAAGUUAUUCGCAAUGAUGGCUUGCUGUUGCUGCAACAGCUGACUAAAAGCAAUGCUGCCAUUCAGAAAAUUGUGGCAUUUGAGAACGCAUUUGAGCGUCUCCUAGAAAUUAUCACAGAAGAAGGCAGGAGUGAUGGAGGUAUUGUGGUGGAGGACUGUCUGCUACUGCUGCUCAACCUUCUGAAGAACAACAGCUCCAACCAAAACUUCUUCAAAGAGGGCUCCUACAUCCAGAGAAUGAAGCCCUGGUUUGAGGUUGGUGAUGAUAACUCUGGUUGGUCUGCACAAAAAGUCACCAACCUUCACCUUAUGCUGCAGUUGGUGCGAGUCAUGGUGUCUCCAGUAAACUCUCCUGGAGCUACAGCCAGCUGUCAGAAAUCCAUGUACCUGUGUGGUCUGCUCCAGCAGCUGUGUACCAUCCUCAUGGCCACUGGUGUGCCUGCUGACAUCCUCACUGAGACCAUCAAUACUGUAUCAGAGGUUAUCAGAGGCUCUCAGGUCAACCAGGACUACUUUGCUUCUGUCAAUGCACCGUCAAACCCACCAAGACCAGCCAUUGUGGUUCUGCUCAUGUCCAUGGUGAAUGAGAGACAACCAUUUGUGCUGCGUUGUGCAGUCCUCUACUGUUUCCAGUGUUUCCUCUACAAAAACCAGAAAGGCCAGGGGGAGAUAGUAGCGACACUACUCCCCUCCACCAUUGAUGCCAACUCCAUCUCAGCAGGACAACUGCUUUGUGGGGGCCUAUUCUCAGCAGACUCUCUUUCUAACUGGUGUGCCGCUGUAGCCUUGGCUCACGCCCUACAGGACAACAUCACCCAGAAGGAGCAGCUCCUGCGGGUCCAACUCGCCACCAGUCUGGGCAAACCCCCUGUUUCUCUGCUGCAGCAGUGCACCAACAUCCUCUCCCAGGGAGAUAAGAUCAUCCGUCGGGGCAGUAAAGUGCAGACGAGGGUAGGCCUCCUCAUGCUGUUGUGUACGUGGAUCAGCAACUGUCCGAUUGCUGUCACACAUUUUCUACACAAUCAGGAAAAUGUUCCAUUUCUGACGGCUCAGAUCUCAGAGAACCUGGGAGAGGAUGAAAGGCUGGUCCAGGGUCUGUGCGCACUGCUUCUCGGCAUCUGCAUCUAUUACAAUGACAACUCGCUAGAGAAUUGCACAAAAGAGAAGCUAAAGCAACUGAUCGAGAAGCGUAUCGGAAAAGAAAACUUUGUGGAGAAACUCUGCUUCAUCACCAAACAUGAGCUGUACUCACGGGCAGCCCAGAAACCACAGCCUGCCUUCCCAUCUCCAGAGCAGAUGCUCUUUGACCACGAGUUCACCAAGCUGGUUAAAGAACUGGAGGGUGUGAUCACCAAAGCAGUUCACAAGUCCAGUGAGGAGGAGAAGAAGGAAGAGGAGGUGAAGAAGACAUUAGAGCAACAUGACAACAUUGUAACUCAGUAUAAAGAGCUGAUCAGAGAACAGGAUGCUCAGAUCCAGGAACUGAAAGAGCAGGUAGCAUCCGUGUCAUCUCAGAAUGAUGAGCUACAGGCCACAAUCACCCAGCAGCUCUCCCAGAUCCAGCAGCACAAAGACCAGUACAACAUCCUCAAGCUAAAACUAGGUAAGGAGAGCCAGAAUCAGUCCAACAGCCAAGGAGAUGGCUCUCAGGUGAAUGGGCUGCAGACCGAAGAGCUGACACAGCUCCGAGAAGAAGUGGAGGAGCUCCGCAAGAAACACACACUCCUUCAGACACAGCUUGGUGACAAAGAUGCACUCAUCAACUCCCUGAGGUCAGAGGCUGCACAGACAGCAGAGCAUUCAGCAGGGGGAUCAGACAAUGUAGAACUACUCAAGGAGUUGGAGGCUUUGAGGAGCCAGGUUCAGUCCCAGUCGACAGACAUUGACCAGCUGAAGGCAGAGAGACAAGACCUGCUCAGAAGAGCCGAAGCAGGGUCCUCAGACACAGUCUCCAGCAGCGACAGCUCUGUAGAUGCCACCAAGAUGACUGAACUAGAGAGUAGACUCACAGCACAGACGGCUGAAACAGAGAGACUCAAGGAGGAGACAAAGAGCUUGUCAGAGAGCCGGGAAGUCCUGGAGCAGCAGCUGGCUUCAGCCACUAGCACAGUGGCCAUCCUGCAGACAGAGAAAGAAAACCUGCAAACAGAGGUUCAAGAAUCCAAGAAGGAGCAGGAUGACCUGCUGAUGCUGCUGGCAGACCAGGACCAAAAGAUCUACAACCUCAAACAGAAACUCAAAGGCCUCGGACAGACGGUGGAAGAUGAUGAUGACCUGGAUACCAGGGACCAAACAGAUGACGAGGGGGAGGAGGAGGAUGAAGAUGAGGACUAGAAAAUACACUGAAAGAAGGAAAAGGACAUGGGAAUAGAAAACCUGAGAAACUGAAGAAUACGACUGAUAUAUAGAUGCAGUUUCUCUGUCCAGUUGCCAUGCUGUCUUCAUUUUUCUUUACCCCUCUGUCACAUCACAUGUACAUGUUAAUUAUUUGGACAGUUUUGUUCAAGAUAAAGUUCUUCUGUCCAAGGUUUCAGUUUUCAGUGAUGCCUAAUAUAUUAGUGUAUUUUCUAGUAAAUGGUCUUAUACUUGUAUAGCGCCUUUCUAUGCUUUACAGCACACUCAAAGCGCUUUCACAU